CGUACUAGCGCUGGAUUUACCAUAACAUCACGGAUAACUGAUCGAAUUCGGUGUAGUUUUGACAGUCGGUACAUGUGUUUAGCAGCGAAAGCGAUGAAGUGUUCACCAGUUGCCGAAAAUUGAUUAAAAUCACGUGUUUACGUGCAUAAAAAAUGACACUCUAAUGGAUUUUCUGUUUUGGUACUGUUGGUCACGCCCACCGGUAAGUGCGGAAAAGAGAAAACAACUCGUCACUGGAAUGGCUGUGAAUAAAUGAUGAGCAGUGGAAGUGUGAAUGAAACGGCUUGUCUCGGCGUUUCCUGUGUUGUUCUUGGGUGGUGUGCUUUGAAGAUAUUGCUUUUAUCUGGUUGAUCCAUCGUCGCGCACACACACGCACACAGCGUUGUGUGCCCUGCGAGUGGCGUUGCGCCCCGUUCCUCCGGUUGUUUCCGCUGACCGGUUUUUGUCAUGGUUGUGCAUAGGAAGACUAGCUAUAGCGACUGUUGCGCUCUGUCACUGUCGUCGGAUGCUGUUCAGUACUGAAGCAGAUCUCGCUCGGAGUGCGUUGUGUAUUGUUUUAUCGCGGGUGGCCCAGGAAGCCCCCUGGAUUCGUUUGACUUCGUCUUAAGCUCGGACACACCGUUUAUCGGCUCGCUCCUUACCGCCGUCCGCCGUCCUCAGCCGUAGUGUGACUGGGACCGCCUUUCCUGCUGCCUGCUGCUUCCGGAUCGGUUACCACCCCUUCUGAGGGUUCUCCGGGCUCUCUGCGGGCAAAUCAAACACAGAAACUAAAUCCCAUCAGACCAGACCAGACCGGACCGGACUGAUCUGUUCGCCGAGGCCGCACUACUGUCGUUACUUGUUUGGUCAGACCACACACCGUCGGGGCGCCAACGUCGGAGAGUUUUGAUAAGUAAUUUACCCCGACGCUCCACACCGCCGGCUGCAGUAAUGAAUUAAAUUUGUUACUUACUCAUUCAAUUAAUAUAGUCUAAUUAAUGAGCGUGAGAAGUGUUUGCCGCUGCUACUACUGCUGCUACUGCUGAUUUUUUUUCUUGCUGCCAACAAUUCUCCGACUUCCUUAGCCAGCUGAAGUUUUCUACUGGGUGAAGGUGAAUGUGAAUUUUUGCAUUGAACGCACACACACACAUUGGCUCGGGCCGGAAGGAAAGUGGAAAAAAAACGUGAAAGUGUACAUCGGGCUGUGUAACGAGGGUGCAAAUUGGACGAGGCUGAGUGAUCUUAAGACCGCGAUCUUUUCUAGUGUUGUUGCCUAAUUAAAACCGAGCUUACCAGAAAUGGAUAUGCGUAAUUGAUAGUGUAAAGAAACGGACUUUUCUCUCGCGACACUCUCUGCGAUCCAGGUGGAAGUUUUAGCCUAGUUCAGCUAAAUAUUGUUGACUGUUGGUGUGCGGUAUGGUGGAAGUGAAACAUUCGGUGGCAAUGAAAAAUUUUAAAUUUAUUGGAUGAUUAGUGUACGACAGUGGAAUCUGCCGCUCGGAGUGAAGAACAAAAGGAAAAUUCUUACCACACUUGUUACUAAAACUUCAAGCUGUCAGCUCUGUCCAUACGAAAUUUCUCAGCAAAUAUGCUGAACAAUCUGAGUGCAGCCGGACUGGGAGGACCGAAAGAGUGUGACUUGCCGAAAGCGGGCAUCACUUCACUGCACGGUGGCAACAGUUUUGGUUCGGUUCCAAAUUCGGCUGGUUCGGAUAGCAAUGGCAAUCGGUUGCACGUGAACAGCAGCGGGUCUGCUGGUGGGACCGGUGGUGGUCUCUGCGAACCCCACAACAUCCACCAGGAUCAGAAUACCGACAAAAAUGGCAAACAGAAAAGGCAUCGGACUCGCUUUACCCCGGCCCAACUGAACGAGCUGGAGCGGUGCUUCUCGAAGACGCACUAUCCGGACAUCUUCAUGCGGGAGGAAAUCGCCAUGCGGAUCGGUUUGACCGAAUCGCGCGUUCAGGUUUGGUUCCAGAACAGACGCGCUAAAUGGAAGAAGCGAAAGAAGACUACCAACGUGUUCCGGACUCCCGGUUCACUGUUACCCUCACAUGGCCUGCCACCCUUCGGAGCGAACAUAACCAACAUUGCGAUGAGCGAAAGUUUAUGCGGUUCCUCGAUGUUUGGCGGUGAUCGCUGGGGCGUUAAUCCAAUGACUGCUGGAUUCGGUCAACUAAAUCAAACCACAUCCCUGUCAUCUUCGCUCAACGGUGGGCUAAACUCGGGUAUUAAUAUCUCAUCCGCCAUGGGCGCCGGCGGCUAUCACAACUAUGGACUGAACACUUUGGAUUUCCCAUUCCCAGGUGAUACCAUGAUGUACCAGCACUCGGUAGGAGCCGUUGGUUGCACUGGGAGUUCGCCUACUUCGACCCCGCCAAAUAUCAAUGCGUGUUCGUCGUCGACGCCACCGCUGACCAGUGGUCAACAGCAACAGCAACAGCAGCAACAGCAACAACAACAGCAACAGCAGCAGCAACAACAGCAGCAACAACAACAGCAACAGCAACAAGGUGCUAGUCAAAAUGAACCCAACGGAGACAUGUCCAGUCAACCAGGCGGAAACCAGCACAGUAUUGCCAACUGCCAGGGACUCGGUUCCGGCACACCGGAUGGUGACGAUGAUGUUUGGCGAGGCCACAGCAUAGCCGCCCUGCGAAGACGCGCCUCGGAGCUGAACCAGACGAUGCCGUCGUAUUUGCACGCACACAACUACGACCACCACAACUCGGUGUAUUGACUGGAGCUGUUCAAGUAAGUGUGGCCAGAUGAAGCAAACAAAUGAAAAACAAAAACGAAAAAAAAGGAACACGAUCCCAUUUGUAUUAUAUAGUACGAUUUACCUUGUAAUAAUCAAUAUGCAGCAGAGGGAGGAACUGAAGCAACUGAAAGUUUACCGAAUCAGUAUUAUUGAUAACGCAAUUUUUAAGUUUUGAAUCCUACAAACAGCAUUCGGAUUAUGGUGGAUCUAAACGACGACCCUGUUCGGGCAAACAGUGAAGAUAGAAGCUAUCGCAAAAAAAAUCCCAGUAUACGACCAGAAUAAUACAGUUAACCAGUGAUGGAAUGCGUCGGAUGACUCAUCGGACGCAAAAUGAACGAUGUAUACGAUCUGUCAAUAAAUCUAGGUUUAGAUUUUCUAAAUAUGCCUGUGUCCAAUGCUGUCACAUCAGACAUUGCACGAGUGAAACAGAGCUAUGUGAAACAUAUAUACGACCCGGAUGCGUUCUCAGAAGACAAAAUAUGGGCAGAGAAAAGUAAAAAUAAAAAAAACCAUUUGAUAAUAAGCAGUUUGUGGUUAUUAGUCAUCUAUUCUACUCGUCGAAACAAAAAAAAUCUAUUUAAAAAUAAAAACUUUACAGAAUAUGAAAUUCAAUUUGCUAACGAGACAAAAUAAGAAGCUAAC